UCUUCCCCCUGCCGGUCACAUCUCCGGGAACCCAGCCCAGGCCCUGCCUCCCGGACACAGCGACGCUCACGUAGUCGGUGGCAGCGGUCGCCCCCUGCCACCUCCCUCCCGGCAGUCUGAUGCAGCGAGCAAGCUGGGGAGGGGGCUUCUGUGCGGCCCGAAAGGGUUCUAGCCUAUUCAUCUAGCCCAACGAUGGCCGUGGACAUAGAAUACAGGUACAACUGCAUGGCUCCUUCCUUGCGCAGAGAGAGGUUCGCCUUCAAGAUCUCACCAAAGCCAAGCAAACCUCUGAGGCCCUGUAUUCAGUUGAGCAGCAAGAAUGAAACCAAUGGAAUGGUGGCCCCGACUGACCAGGAGAAAAAGGUGAAAAAGCGGGUCUCCUUUGCCGACAACCAAGGGCUGGCCCUGACAAUGGUCAAAGUGUUCUCAGAGUUCGAUGACCCAUUAGAUAUCCCAUUCAACAUCGCCGAGCUUCUAGACAACAUCGUUAAUUUGACGACAGCAGAGAGCGAGAGCUUUGUUCUGGAUUUCUCACAGCCUUCUGCAGAUUACUUAGACUUCAGAAAUCGACUUCAGAAAGACCACGUCUGCCUUGAAAACUGUGUGCUGAAAGACAGAGCCAUUGCCGGCACGGUGAAGGUGCAGAACCUUGCCUUUGAGAAGAUUGUGAAAAUAAGAAUGACAUUCGACACUUGGAAAAGCUUCACAGACUUUCCUUGUCGGUAUGUGAAGGACACUUAUGCCGGUUCAGACAAGGACACGUUCUCCUUUGACAUUCGCUUGCCUGAAAAAAUCCAGUCUUAUGAAAGGAUGGAGUUUGCCGUAUGCUAUGAAUGCAGGGGACAGACGUACUGGGACAGCAACAAAGGCAAAAACUAUAGGAUCACCCGGGCUGAGUUAAGAUCUACUCAGGGCGUAGGCGAGCCACAAAAUGGACUGGAUUUUGGAAUAGCCUUCGACCAGUUUGGAAGCCCUCGGUGUUCCUACGGUCUGUUCCCGGAGUGGCCUAGUUAUUUAGGAUAUGAAAAGCUAGGGCCCUACUACUAGUGAUCGGCAUGGGAUGGAGUGGGGCUGAGCCGGUGCACAGACAAGCCUGGCUCCAGUCACAGUGGGAUAUAGGCAGACGCCAAGAAAAGAGUAAAGUUGAACUGCCAUUAGGCAUGCUUUUCUUUAAAGAAAGGAUCCUAUUCGCUUUUUUUCUUAAGCCAGCAAAUCCAGUCAGGUUUAUGUCACAGAACUGGUUUCAUAGUCAUUCCCUCAGCGGGCACACCGGAGGAUGCACGUGGUGUGCUGGGCCGUGCAGCACCCACAGCAGCCACGAGGAUAGGAGUGGAUAGUGGGGGGUCUUCGAUGCCCCGGAACCAGGUCUGAGGGGAGCCGGCAGUGCCACAGGGCGAGGCGUGCCUGGAUGCCGGGAGGACCCACUGCUCUCACCUGGGACUUGGAAAGCCACCUGCACGUGUCGCUCAGUCCCAGCCACCUCACCUUGGACCCCCACUACUGGUCUUCAGGUGUUCUCCGUCCAGCCAGGCCUUUCCUGCAUGUGGGUGCCGCUGUUGCUCAUCUGUACAUAUACACCAUACUUUAUCUCUCCGUGAGGAUACGUCAGUCUGAAGUUGCACGUUUCUAAUACAGCUAUGGAAGAGAGAUGGGGUCGGCUCCUUUCUUCUUCUUCUUUUUUUUUUUUUUUUCCUGUGCUGUCAUAUGAUUGCCAGUUCAUUUUUUGGCAUAUUAUUUUCUUACACAGUCCAUCUGAUGUUCAGGAAAAUAUAAUAAAGGCAAAUGAGCUUGUGACUGACAGGCUUUCUUCCUCUCUCUUCCCGGACCCAUAUAGUGGCUCCAGUGAGAAUAGCACCCAGUUAUCUAGUGACUGGCCCCUGUUGUGGUGUUACAGAUUGCCGGGCUAAGACAAGGGAGGACAAUCAUGAGUGGGACUGUUUUAGCUUUUCCUCUUGGCUUUUAGGGGAGCUUUCUAAGUACUUUUAUCCCGAGUCGCCAGACAGCUCAAUUACAAGAUUUGUUGUAACUUGUUUGGCUGGUUCGCAAGCGUCUCAUUCUUUGAAAAACAAUUUUUAAUCUCCUUUUCUGGAGUUAUCUUUUAUACUGAGUUUAGGACAUUUUGAUUUGCAGAUCCUACAAAUCCUUAAAGCCUCCAGAAAAUGAUUUUGUUUUGGCUGUGAUUUACAAUAUCCAGGACACUUUGCAAGCACCUAGGGACUUGGAUUUGGGUGUUUUUAUUUAUGGUGUGUGAGUACAUAAAGGGUUAGAGGAGAAAACCCAACCAAGUUCUCGUAUUCUAUUUUAAAUAUUUGCCAACUCCAAAGCGUCAGAGAUGAGUUGUUCUUAACCAUGUUGGACCUCGAGUAAUAAAGCCUGCCAGCUAAAUGCUAUUGUACAGAGACUCCUGGGUCGUUCAAUGAAUCCCCCAAACCUGUGACCUUGUAUUUAGGAGUGUUUUGAAAAUACUUUUAUAUGUCUGUUGGUAGAAGGUUGCAUUUUUUUCUUUCUUUCUUUUUUUGAGCUUGGUUACAUGACUGUGAUUUUAUUUUUGCCUGAUCCUACUAAAGAAAGUUCUCCUAAGGGGGUUAGGAAGAGGGAAACACAGUUGUCUAGACAUGGGGGCAAAGCCGCUGGACUCUCCUAGCAAAGGGUCUUCCUUUGCUUGAAUUAUCCAGAUUAAUUAGAAACACCUCAGGGCCCCUGUGACUUUGUAAAUGUGGCACAAUUCUCAGUUGUCAGGCACUGAAUGUCAUGGCUCUGAGAGUUUUAUUGUUUUGUUUUGUUUUGUUAAGCUUUAAAAUGUCCUGAGUUUUAAAAUGCUCUAAGUGGUGUUUCAUGUAAUUCUUGGUCAUAAAACUGGCUGUUACUAGUCUGCAAUUUAGUGCUUUGUUUUGUUUUGUUUUUGUCUGUUUUGUGCUUUUCCCGGGUGAGUAGCACACUGGGAUUAUAUGCUAAUGUCACUUAUGGGGAUGUCACGUUUUUAUCUUCUGCUGAAAUGAGCUGAAACUGCGCUUUAUGUAAGUAAACCUCACGUCAGGCACACAGAAGUUAUGUUAAGUGUUAGAAAUUUGGUGGUCAAAGCUGUGAAUGGCAUCGGGCUGAAUCAAAGAGAAGCAAAGUGAUUUCCUGGAUUUAUUUUCAGAUGCCCCCCCCCCCGCCACUGCCAUGGAGGAGAGGUAUGAGGUACAAGGUGCACUGUCGUUUAUAUGCUGUCAGACUGAGGGUGACCAGAGAGUCCUAUGUUCAUAAGGAAAAUGCCUCCAGUGACUGUCUAAGACAUUCCCAUGUCAGAAUUUGAAAUACCCUAAUUCAGUGAUAAGCAUCUCUUCUAAAGCAGCCGUAAGUCUUCUCCCAACCCUUUCUUGCUCCCAGCUCAGCCUGGCUUUUUUGCUGGGGGCACUGGUUGCAACCCUCCAGCCAGCGCACCUGGGACGUUCACCUCACUAGGUGGCUCAGAAGACAAGCCCUCACCUGCUUGCAAAAACCCUUCCCUGAUUCGAGAAUUUGGGUCCCCGACUUCCCUCCUGAGUGUUGUCACUCACUGAGGUAGCAGUACCAGAAGAAGACUGCCCUUUCUUGACCACGCCCUCUUCCCACCAUGGCAACCUUCCUCCUUUGGGCCCCGUCUUUCCUUGAUGUUCAUCAGAUGGCCUCAGGAACUGCUUUGAAGGAAGCUCUCCUUAUUUCAUUGCUAGGUGUGUAGGUAGGCCCUUCACACUCAGGGGGUGACAGAUUUCUUAGCUGGACACUUCAUUGCAGCCUCACUUGUAGCUUUGGCCUUCCGGUAGCCCUUGGUUAUGGCGACAAAUGGCCCCAGUCCCACUGUCCUAUACAGAUUGCCCCAGAAGGGCAAGCCUUAUCCAGGAUGGGGUACGGCUCCAUUUUUGUUAUGCAGUUAUUUCCUCCAAAUGCCAUGUGGAGCAUUUACAAAUUGGGUGCCAUAAAUAAGCUGGACUACAUACGUAUGCAUAAUAAAUAAGCUUUCAGCCUUCUUUGGAAGAUAGGAAGCAUUUGGCUGGGUUUCUUUUUUAAGUGUUUUUGUUAUAGGGGCGCACUUAACAACAUAAGUGGUUAGAAAGAAUGGGGUUUCGCAGCUCUCUAUAAAUUAAAACAGCUACGGAGUCAAUAAGAGAAUUUAUUUUACAUCUAAGAUUUGAUUUUGAAGGUGGUAAAACGUUACUCUUUCGGUAAGUUUUUUUUAAAGAUGUAUAUUUUGAAUUUCUAGGAGAAUGCUUUGUGGUUUUUUAUCUUCACGUAUCAUUUGCUUUUUGAAAGUAAGCAUUACUUGGCGUCAGUUGGAUGUGAAAUGGGCUAUAUAUGUGUAUAAGCCAAGUACGUGUUUGUAUGCUCCUUUUCUUCAGAAGUGCCCAUUUUCUGGGUUUUCCCUCUCAACAGACAGUGAACGAAGCUUUCGGUCCUCUUUCAUUAGUUUCCUCUUUUAAAAGUCCCUAACUGGCUGUGGUUUACCAGAGUAGGCCUGGGUGGUCCUAAUAGCUAAUUCUCUCUCCAGAUAUGAUCGCUGAAAUUGGGGAAAAGAAGUCACACGUGAUGGGACCCCACAGGGUCAUCUGAAGUCAAUUUGGCAGCUUAGCUUCUUUCCCGAAGCCUGGGACUGGAACGGAAAGCUGUUGUCUAGGCAGUGUUUCCUCUCCAGGGUUGUAAAGCAUCGCAGUUCAAGUUGCAAAGCUGUGAAUGUUUUUUACAGUUUUGCUAUUCAGUUCCUAGAGACGGCUAGAGCUCCGAGGACUUCUAGAAGGCAGCUGUGAUGACAUUGUUUCGGUUUUACUUCAGCGUGAAUGUAGAAUUCUCAUCUUCAUUGUAUGCCUGAAAGUGCCUUGUCAAGAAAUAUUCCACAGGUUUAAAAAAUAAAUAUUUUUGUACACAAAGUUAAAGGGGAAAUGCACUUUAAAAUCACAAAGAGUGGGUGUGUUUUGUGUGGUAUAAGCAAGUGGUUUGUUUGUAUCUCAAAAGCAAAAAUGCAAUAAAAGUAGAAAAAACGAAA